AUGGAGAUGAAGAAGAUUAUGAUCGUGUUGUGCAUCAUCUUCUUGGUGGAGAUAUCUUUGUUUAUUGGAGGAGUUGAUUCCAGAGCCUUGAGAACAGAGCAAACCAACGGCUGUGAUCAAACGGCAACCGCGACCGUAGAAGGUGGUGGUUUUGGCUUUUUCUCGGCGACUGCGAAUAACUCGAGCGACCGUCUUUUGAUGAGAAGCUUGGCUUUCCGAUUAGCGUCUGGCCCGAGCAGGAGAGGACGUGGACACUAA